AUGGUUUCUCAAGUUACUCCCAAAGCUUUAAAAAACUCUAAGCUCUUCCAGCCAAUCAAAGUCGGCAAGAACGAGUUCUCCAACAGAGUGGUGUUUGCACCCUCCACCAGAUUCAGAGCUGCUCAGGACCACACUCCCUCGGAUCUUCAAUUGCAGUACUACGACGACAGAACAAAGUACCCAGGCACGUUGAUCAUCACGGAAGGUACAGUGCCAAACGAAAAGACGGGCACUUACGCUGGUGUUCCAGGUAUUUUCACUGAAAACCACAUCAAGGGCUGGAAGAAGAUCAAUGACAAGAUCCACGAGAACAAGUCCUUCUCGAGUAUCCAACUCUGGGGCUUGGGAAGAGCCGCAGACCCUGCCCAGAACAAGAAAGAGGGCCAGAAGUACCAGGCGCCUUCUCCUAUCUACCAGGAUGAGGAGGCUGAAAAGGCCGCUAAGGAGGCUGGCAACGAGUUGGUCGCUUACACCACUGAGGAAGUUGACCAGUUGAUCGAGGAGUACGUGAAGACCGCUAGAAACGCAAUUGCUGCGGGUUUUGAUUACGUCGAGCUCCAUGGUGCUCACGGUUACUUGCUUAACCAGUUUUUCGAGGCCUCUUCCAACCAAAGAACCGACAAGUACGGUGGGUCCAUUGAAAACAGAGCACGUUUCCCAUUGGCUCUCGUUGACCGCCUCACUGAAGAGAUCGGUGCCGAGAGAUUGGCUAUCAGAAUCUCUCCAUGGGCCAAGUUUUUGGGCAUGAAGGGUGUCGAUGACAAGGAGGCUCACCCUAUUGCCACAUACGGCUACUUUUUGGGACAAUUGCAACAGAGGGCAGAUGCUGGCAAGCAGCUUGCUUAUGUGUCCAUUGUGGAGCCAAGAGUAGCAGGCAAUGUCGAUGUUGAGGCUGAGAACAUCCACGGCGACAAUACCUUCGUCAAGACCAUCUGGAAGGGUGUUCUUGUUAGAGCAGGCAACUACACAUAUGACGCUCCAGAUUUCAAGCAGCUCUUGGAAGACAUCGACGAUGGACGUACCUUGGUUGGGUUCUCUAGAUUCUUCAUCUCGAACCCUGACUUGGUGUACAGACUUCGUGACGGCAAGACCUUGACUCCAUACGACAGGUCCACUUUCUAUGCUGACAACAACUGGGGAUACAACACGUAUGAUGUGAGCGAUGGAAAGCAGAAGUUUGACGAAGAGGCCGAGAAGGCUCGCAAGCCAACCACGCUUGUGGCCUAG